AGAGUGAGUGCAGACAGGCGAGCAGCAGGCAGAAAGAGAGGCGAACAGACGAACGAGAAGACAAAGGAGAAGCAGAGGCAACGCUCGCUCUGCUCUGGAUUAACCCUUUCUCCUCACUAAAUGUUGCUUUUUGUGGAUUCCUCUUUUUUAAACCUCUUCCAUCAUCCCUCUGCUGAGCCAUGGUACACUGUCUCUAUCUCUCUCUCUCUCUCUCUCUCUCUCACACACACACACACACGCCCACAGUUUUUUUUCUCCAGAGGAUCAACUGCUGGUGUGUGUGAACGGGGUCCUGGAGGAAUAAUCACGGAUGGAUGGAGGUAGAAGGGAGGAGUGUGUCUGCUUUUCCCAUGGAGAUUGUGUCGUUCUCUCUCCUCCUUGUGCUGGCUGAGCAGCCUCUUUCCUCUCGCUGUCUUUUGUAUUAGCGCCCCCUCCCUCACUCCCUCCCUUCUUCUUCCCUCCCUUUGCUGCAUGGGCUUUUGUCUAUCUGACAGGGAUCCAGGCUUGUCUUUUCAGCGCUCUCCCUAGCCUACCCCCUUUGACCGACUCAAAAAGUACCGUCAACUCAUUCCUCAGGCUUCUGCUUAAGCUUAGACCAAACGAGUCUGACACCGAGCAAAGGCACCAGGCUAGGCUAACUGCUAGCCACUGGAGUGGUGUAGACAACCCAGCUUGUCACUGCUAAGUGUGUGUUGUGGGUGGUGUGUGUGUUGUGGGUGGUGUGUGUGUGUGUGUGUGUGUGUGUGUGAGAAUUCAUACAUUACAGCAGAAGCAUUAGCUUACAGUUGACCAGUCAUUCCAUCGUGGAUUUGGUGUAGCCCGAGAAGGAAAGAGAGGUGUGUAUGCAGUUGGAGGUGACAGUGACAUGACCAUGAGAAAGUCUGGCCAACCCAGGACAGGAAUUCUUUAUUUCACAACAUGGUUAUUUUUUUGAUUUUCAUUUGGCGAUUUAUUAACACUAACGCUUCAGAAUGGAAUUUACGUGAGGAACUGGGACCUUGCAGCCCUGGGACAACCAUUUGGCUCAAAUAUUCAGAAGUUUGCUUGUGGAUAAAAAAAAAAUAUUUUUGACUUAGUCUUUUGUAGAUAGAUUCACUAUCUGUCCGCCACCCAGCGUGGUGAGGAUGAAGAAGACCAGCAGCCGCACGCUCGGGCGGGCAUGGCCCAGCUCUGAACUGUUAGAGCGCCUUUUGCCACCAGCAGCCUCCGUAGAGCCUCACAGGAGCCGACGCUCUCGCAGUGAGAAGGACUACAGAAUCCACAAACACAGCAAGAGGAACCACUACCCACCACUGUAUCUGUGUCAGAGUCCGCCCGCCUACAUACACACAGGUGAUGUGUCGCCAAUCAGUAUGUCCCCCAUCAGCCAAUCCCAGUUCAUCCCUUUGGGAGAGGUAUUGCUAUUGGCUAUCUCUGCUAUGAACUCCGCCCACAAGCCUGUCACUCAGGAGGCCCUAACUGAACACCUGCAGACAUGUUUUCCAGGUGUUCCCACACCAACGGAGGAGGUUCUGCACCACACGCUAGGCAUGCUGGUCCGUGAGCGGAAGAUCUACCCGACACCCGACGGAUAUUUUAUUGUGACCCCUCAGACUUACUUCAUCACUCCGAGCCUAAUCCGAACCAGCUCCAAGUGGUACCACUUAGACGAGCGAUCUGCUGACCGACACCAACAGCCGCAGCAGCAUCAGAACCAGCAGCAGCAUCAGCAGACGCAGUGCACCUCCCCUCUCUCUGGCACCAUCACCCCGUCCACCUCUGGAGCCGUGCGAGAUCGAACACACCCAAAGUCCAGCCAGAACCACAGUGCGGGAGGCGGAGGAGGUGGGGAUUCUUUUUACAACAACAGUUACCGUGGAGACGACCCUCCCAGCCACCACACCACCCUGCAGCGUCGAUCUCCCAAGGACCACCGGGAGGCGUACUCGUCCCCGCACUCCCCUCAAACACCUCCUCAGCAAGCAGGAGGCAACACAGAAAAGAGUCGCAGCACCCUUGGGUUCCCCUUCAAGACGGAUACGCUCACCAAGCACCGAAGCGGGGGAGUAGGAGGAGGGGGAGGGGGAGGGGGAACAGGAGAGACAGAGAAACAAGCAGGCGGGGGAAGUGGUACAGGAAGUCGGAAAUUUGGUUUAAAGCUGUUUCGUCUGAGCUUUAAGAAGGACAAGGCCAAGCAGCUGGCCACCUUCUCUGCACAGUUCCCCCCUGAGGAGUGGCCGCUCCGCGACGAAGAGGCGCCCAGCCAGCUGCCACGCCACGUAGAGAUGGAGAUCAUCCGCAGAAUCAACCCUGAUCUCACUGUGGAGAACCUCGCCCGGCACACGGCGGUCAUGAAGCGCCUGGAAGAGGAGCGUGCCCAGAGGAGCAAAGCGUCGUCUGCCAAUCAGAGCUCCAGGAGUAGGAGAAGUGGGGGGAGACACAGGAAACAGUCUCAGACCAAACUCAGCCGCUCACAUAGCAAGACGAGGGCGUCCCGCGGUGAGCCAAGCGACGGUUCCCACCUGGAGCUUGCCGACAGGGACUACAGAGCCUACUCGUCCUCGCUGGCUCGGUCACCGAGGGAACACGCCCUGGCCAUGGAGCGGCAACGGGCCCGCCUUCACCUGGCACACAGCAACCCCAACAUCCUCGACUCCUCCCACCUGCCUGUCACGCCAGAGUGGGAUGUGUCCGGAGAGCUUGCCAAGCGGCGCACCGAAAUGCCUUUCCCCGAGCCAAGCCAUGGCCCGUCAGCCCACCACUCCAAAGUCCACCGCUCCCACUCCCACACCCAGGAGAGGAAGUCCAGGAACGAACGCAGCGACAAGGCCAAGGAACGCUCCAGAUCCAUGGACAAUUCUAAAGGACCACUUGGAGCUGGGUUGAUUGGACCACCCGAUUAUUACGACGACCGGAGCCGUUACUACACUGACGAUGGCACCCUGCGAGCCAAUCAGAGCUCUUCUCACUACUCUCGAGCCACCCCACCCUCAGCCAAACUGCCUGUGGAUUCUCUGGGGCUGGAUGGUGGCAGGAGUUUAGAGAAGAGUAAGAGCAGGGACAGCCUGCCGGCAUACUCGCCCAAACCACUGCUCGCCGCCGUCCCUCCUGAUGAUUACUUCCAAUGCGCCGGUUCCUCCGAGGCUGCUCUUACAGCAGCAAACCCAAUGGGAACUCUAGGCAAAAGUAGCCACGAUGGAUUAAAACUAGGCAGCGCUGACAGGCAAACGGACAGACAGACACCCCAUCCUCUAGAAAAUAAGGAGGACUUGUCAAAGGUGGGACCUAAAGGUGGCAGCCUGCCUCCAAUACCCCUCUCUAUCCCUGACCCACCACUUCCUAAUGGACGCCCUCCCCACAGUGCCUCCUCUGUUCAGGAGAAACGUAAGGAGAUCUUUAGUAAAGACACACUCUUCAAACCUCCUCCUAGCCUCCCUUUGCCCGGCUACAGCUCCCUGAGAAAACCCCCAGCCCUCGCCUCCUCUAAUCUGUCCUCGUCCUGUGAUGCACUUGAUUCCCAGGAGGCCUUUGACGCUCCCAAACCUCUAGUGGCUACACCGUCCGCUCCCCCACAGGGGAUCGAACCCUCUACCAGCGCCGCAGAGGCUUCCUUCGACUACUACAAUGUCUCAGACGACGACGAACUGGAGGAGGGGGGGACUAAAAGUCGAGGAGAGGACGAGAAGGCUGGAGGAGGUGUUGUUGGGAUGGGAGGAGGCGGAGCAGGGACCAUGCAGUGGCUGUUGGAGAGAGAGAAGGAAAGGGAUCUACAGAGGAGGUUUGAAAGAACCCUCACCUUCCCUGGUGCUAAAGAGAACCUUCCAGAGCCCAGUCAGAACCAGCAGUCAGCCCACUCUGCUCGACUGGACAGCAUGGACUCCAGCUCCGUCACCGUCGACAGUGGAUUCAACUCCCCACGAACAAGGGAGAGCCUAGCGUCCAACACCUCUUCCAUCGUGGAGAGUAACCGUCGACAGAACCUGGCGCUGAGUCCCGGGCAUCUCGGCAUCACUACCGGCACGGGACCCCCCUUCUCCUUUCGCGCCAUCCCAGAACCUUCCGGCACCCAACCAGAGAAACUCCAGAAGCCCAGCGCUUGCCUUGCGUCAAUCACCAGCGUCUAGGGGCAGAACUAAGGGCUGGGCGGAGCGCCAAGAGAGCCAGUGGAGAGGGGCCAGAAAAGUAAAAAGCCCCCCCCCACAUCCCUCUGAGGACUGUUACAUCUUUAGACUGACUGAAUCAGUGGAGCUGCCACAGGCCCACUGUGGAACUAUAGCUAUUAACACGCACUCGCACACACACACACACACACACACACACACACACACACACACACACACACACACACACACGGACAGAUACACGGACAGAUACAAACAGAGAAAUUUAGACCACCACGAAACUGCUCUCUCUUUCUCACACACACACAAACAUAAUACACACCAGGCCACUGGGCAGACUCUGACCAUGUCAUUCUACAGCCUCUAGUUUACACACUGCUGUUGUGUUGUUUCACUUUCACGUGGGUUCUAGUGUGUGUGUGUGUGUGUGUGUGUGUGUGUGUGUGUGUGCGUGUGCGUGUGCGUGUGUGUGUGUGGGCUAUGUUUGUAUAAUCUGUAAUCUCAGGUCAUGUUAUUUCCACUCUCAUUCCAGCUGCUCCAGAUAAGCGCAUCUCCCUCUAGUGGUGUCUCCUGGUAUUACACACUGAAGAGAUGCAGCUCUGCUGACUACUGUUACUGAUGGUACACACAUUCUCACUGAUCCAGCUACUCACUUGUCUCCGUUAGGCUCUUCUCUAAAUUCACCACUGGCGGACACCUUGUAAGGUGCAGUGCCACAAAAACAAUGGCAACGAAUACCCUUGACCAUCACUCCAAAGUGCAUCAACAAUGUGAGGGGGGGGGGUUAGACAGUCAAAUGAGUAACCUGGGCUGUUUUUUACUCUAACACUGUAGAAUGAAGCUGAGCAGUUCCUGUAUCUGUUGGAUGCCAUGAUGCCCAUUUCAAACUGCCUGAACACUGUGGUCUCCUCCACUGUUGACAGAUUAUAUGGACAGCCUGAGGUGUAGCUCCAGGGAUGAGAUUUUUGAUUACAGAUAUUCUCCCAUUUUUUUUAUUUUUAUUUUUUACGUUGCCCCUCAUGUCCAACUGGAUGCAGCUGCAUCAUGUUUCCGCUUUGUCGUGGCUGCUGCAAACAAUCCUCUGCCAUUUCCGGGCCAGUGUGCCAAUGUCCGCUGGACACAUGUUCUCUUCUCCACUCCACUAUCGCAACUGGCUGUAACGGAAUAAGAGAAGUAUGAAAAUACACUAAAUAAUAAGAAAACACUGGAUAGCUGUCAGGGCCACCGUAAAUAAGACUUUAUUGAUCCCUGAGAGGGAGUCCACGUUAACAGCAGCACAGAGACAGACUGAGAGGUAAGAAAACAAAUAGAGAACUAUUUAAAGAAAUAAUAAAAUAUGAAUACGACGCUUCCGAUUCGCAGUCUCGUUUUCAGCAGUUAAGGGGAAAGUUAAGGGAAACGUAACUUGGCAUUGCUCAGCGACAGAUCCUCCGUUUUUUGAUCCUCUUACUGUAGUGAAAGCAAGAUUUUAGGUAAAGCAACCCACUUUAAAAUUUGUGAAAGCUUUUUCUAUUUGUAAAAAUAAA